GUUUUUCCAUGGCCACUAGGAAUACUGCAGUGUCACUAAAUAGGGGAAGUUCCAUUGUAUCCUAGUAAUCUUUCAAUUUAUUACCAUCUCAAUGAGACGCACUGAGUGGCAAACAAAGUAGCCUACUCAAGAGAAUGAUGUGUAGCAUUUAUAACAACAGGUUUUACAGUGUUUGAGCAAGAGCAGAACAUGUACAGUCAUGUGUUUGGACAGCAAAUGCAAGCAGUUUAGCGUCAUAUCGGAUGGUCAUAAAUAAUUGCCAGCUGUAUCAUACAUUUAAACAGGUAAUGUUCUAUCUAUCUAUCAUCUAUCAAUCUGUAUACAUACAUUGUUAAAAAUAGCAAUACUGACAGUAGUACAUCUAAAAGGAAAAUAAACACUCAAGAUUGUGAAGUCAUAUGAGUCACUUAUGAUUCAGACUUUGGCACAGUGAAAUGAUACAGAUGAAAUGUUUUUUUGUGUGUGUAUUCUUUCUACAUUUUUCUUCUUCUUUUUCUUCUUCUUCAAAAAACCUCAAAACCACAAAGAAAGCUGCAGUAUACCAAACAUUUCAGUUGAAUGAAAUGUAAAUUCUCUUUUAUAUAGCCUACCUCUUAUGGUAUUUUUUUUUUUUUUUUUUUUGAUUUACUUUUUAUUAGAUUUUCAAAAGAACACCCACAUACAAAAAAUAAAAAAAAUAAAAUAAGAAUAAAUAAAAAUCAAUCAAAACUGAACAAAACAGAGAUAAGAAACAAAUUCUGUCAGCACUGCUUGCAUAAGAUGAAUACUUUAGAUGACAUAGUAAACCUACCUCUUAUGGUAUUUUGAGCACUUUCAAAAUUUAUUUAUUGUUGUGAUAAGGCAAAUCACAGAUCUUUAAUCCAUAAUGUAAAUCAGCAAUCUUUAAUCCAUUUUUCAUUCAUGUAUCGUCAAAACGACAGCAGAAUCAGCAUCAGCACUGACUGAACGCUCAGUACACAACAGAGCGCAAAGUGGGAGGAGUUGGUGUGGGAGGAGCUGAGCAAUCGAAACCACGCCCACUGACAGACAGACCGGUUAGAUAGGAGAUGCCCAUCACCCGGAGGCAUUUGACUUACCUGAGUGUUGUAGGAACGCACGUCGGCUCAAGAUAUAAAGUAAGCUUUACGAGUGUGCUGUUACAUAAGUAAGAAAAGCAGAAAUCAGCCAGUUCAAUGUAGGCAUCCUGAUAGCAUUAAAGAGGGAUUAUAGGAGCUCUGUGAACAGCAGAUCUAAGGGGUUUAGAAGCCAUCAGGGACAAUGAGGAACUCUUGGGCCGUGCUGAGUUUGACCUUUAUUGCCAAUUUAAUAUCACAAGCAGCAGGUGUCAGUCCCCCAGGCAAACCCAGACUCACAAGCUGUCGCUCUCCAGAGAAGGAGACCUUCACUUGCUGGUGGGAGCCUGGAGAUGACGGGGGUCUGCCAACCACCUACGCCCUCUACUACCGUCUAGAACACUCAGAGACGGUCUACGAGUGCCCAGAUUACAGAACCGCGGGCGAGAACUCGUGUUUCUUCAACAAAAAUGACACAUCGCUUUGGGUCAACUAUAACAUCACCGUGGUUGCUACUAACGCCCUGGGGAAGAAUAUUUCAGACCCCGUGGAGGUGGAUGUGGUCUAUAUAGUUCAACCAAAAUCUCCAGAGAACGUCACAGCAGUAGUGGUCCAUGAAGACCAGGGUCCGUUUGUAAAAGUGUUCUGGGAGAAACCACGAACCGCAGACACCCGCUCAGGAUGGAUCACGCUACUUUACCAGCUACGAGUUAAACAAGAAAAAGAUAAAGAAUGGGUGGAGUAUGAUGCUGGCAGGCAGAAGUACUAUAACGUGUUCAGUCUUCACCCUGGUAAAUACAUGGUGCAGGUGCGAUGUAAACCCGAUCAUGGAUUCUGGAGUGAAUGGACCAAAACCACCUACAUUAUAAUGCCAGACUAUCUAUCCAAAGAGCGUUCGCUGUGGAUCAUGGUCACGGUUUUCUCUGUUUUCGUCGUCCUCAUCCUCACCUGGAUGCUAAACAUGAAACGAAACAGUGUGAGGCUUUGUUUGCUGCCUCCCGUUCCUGGACCGAAAAUCAAAGGAUUCGACAAACAGCUGCUCAAGAGUGGGAAAUCAGAGGAAAUUUUCAAUUCUCUGGUGAUCCAAGGUUUCCCUCCAACCACCGAUUAUGAUGACUUACUGGUGGAGUACCUUGAGGUGUACGACAAUGAGCAGCAAGAGCUGGUACUGGAUGGUAAAGAUCUAUCAGAGGACUGCAUAAAGUCCAAAAGCCCGUCGGACUGCGACUCCGGCCGGGGCAGCUGCGACAGUCGCACCCUGCUUUUGGAGAAGUGCAUUGAGGGACGGGAAGGAAGCGGAAGUGACCAACAUCAGUACAGCCAGCAUGGAGAAACAAGCUGGGCUUCAACUGAAAGCAGUGAGAGCCAGGGCCCUGAACCCAGUUCACCGGAGUCCGUUGAUGGACGCGUCAAGACCUGGCCAAUUGUGUGUUUGUCUCCCGAAACUCAACCUUACCACCACUACCAAGUAGGAGGUGCGAAACCGGCCUACCACAGCGUCCCAGAGAUCCUCAGCCAUUUGUCGCCACAUGCAACGGCAAGCAACUACCACCAGCUUCACCAUCAGGACAUCCCGCCACAGGAGGGCCAUUUCAGCAAGCUGGCCUGCUCACAUUCCCAAAGCUACAACCAGUUCAAUCUGGAUGGCUCUGACACUCCUGCUCACGGCGUGCCUCCGUCACGUUCCUUGGGAUACGUAGAGGUGCAAAGGGUCAACCCGGAAAAUAUGCUACUGCUUAGGCCGCUUUCAGACCCAAACCGUGAGCUUGAAGGGUCUGAUUGCACCGGGGAGGACUACAGUAAGGUCAAAGAAGUGACGUCAAACAAUAUUUUGUUUCUGCAAAGGGAAACGUCCCAUCAGUGUGUGGACAAUUACAGCCAGGACUUGGACAGCCAGGCUGAUCAAUGCACAAGCCAGCAACCACCUCACCCCUGCAAACCUGCAGUCCACCAAUCGUACAGUCCAAUGCCACAGGAAGGCAUGAGGGUGAUGGGAAACGGUUAUGUGGAUUCAACUGUCUUAAUGCCAUCUUACUAGCAUAUAGUGGUCCAGAGACAAUAGGGCAGAGAAGGCAGAGCAAAAACAAUAUCCUAAACACUAGACUGUCAACAGCUCAUGCCAAGCCCUAAAAGAAGAGCUUUUGUCCCUCUCAGAAUAAGAGAAUUAAAAUUUAUACAAAUGAUUUUGACUUUUAAUCAGAGGCAAGAAGGUGUCGUUUCAGAGGUGAGGUCUGAAAAGGCUCUGUGCGCUGUGAACUUUAAGUGUGCAGUUUGAAACGUGUUGUAAAAGUCACGUUUCAGAUUGUGUACUUUGAUGAGGUGACACCAAAAAUUUUUCUUUUUACACUUAAAAUAACUGUUUUAAUGUCUUUAAAGUUAACAUAAAAUUCAAAUGGAUCCUGUUUACUUUAAUAUACUUUUCUGCAAAAUUUCCAACUAAAAAAGUUCUCCAUCUCUGGUACAACUUUUCCUUUUGGCUACAUGUUAGCCAAUAGCGAAAUAGCUAUUUAGGCAUUAGCUGUGUCCCAAAUGACGCACUAUACACUAUGCACUUAUACUUAUGCACUAUGCACUCAACCGUGUAGUGUAUGAAUUUUAUAAGGUUAUUUUGUAAUGAUAGCCCCUCUUCAGUCAAUUAAGUGCAUCAACCGGGUAUUUAAAGUGUACUUUUUCUAUUUGGAAUUUUCAGUGUGAACACACUACUCACACUAUUAUACUACAAAAUGCCAUUGUGCUCAAGUACACAAACUGGGACACACCUAUUGUGUUUUCAUUCAGGUCUACUAUAUAGUUAUAGAAAGUCCACUUUUCACAAUCCAAUCAGUUCCCGUUGAAUAUAUGCUCAAUUUUUAUGCUGUUUUACUCAGAAAUAUAUGGUAUUAUAGAAGUAAAAUGGGUUUCAAAACCAUUUCAUGUUAACUUGAAUGAUUUGUCAUAGUUAGAGGUUCAUGAGAUUUGAAAACUUAGCACUUCGCAUAGUUGCCCUCAGCAAUCCACUAUGCAUUAUAUUAUUGUGUGUAUUUUGCAUCAUGGCUCUGUUACGUGUUCAAAACCACUUUGGUUUAUUAUACCACUGUUCACUCCUAAACUACAUGAUGGGAUCGGUUGCUAUAAUGUACAUGGACAAUAUUUUUAUGAACUGAUUUUGAGUGUUGUAAAAAUAUUCACCCAAUUCAAAGCUUUUGCUUGAUGCAUUUCACUCCACAUUGAAAUGAAUUUUAAAUAUAACGGCAUUUACUUAAAACUCCAACAUGCGUAGUAUGGUGUUUAUUCUGAAAACAGUGCAAUCUCAGCCAUACAAUUCAAAAUGUCUUUGCAUAUUUAUGAUACACUAAUGCAAAUGUAAAUACAUCAAAAGGGAUUUGAACUGAUUGUAAACUGUUAUAAUUUUAGAGAAUUUGCCUUUGAUAUUUACAGCUCUCAGGUGGAGGUAAACUCACCGAAUGUAUUUAUUCUAAAUGUUAUUGACACUGAUUUUGAACACAAAGGCACAGCUGGUGUAAAAUGAAAAAAUAUAAACUGCCAGUGUUUUUCCACGUUACAGUGAAUUAUUCGCUGUAAGAAUUUGUGUGUUUCUCUGAAUGUUAACCCUCUGAGAAUCUAUUUUUCCAAAUCUGUAUAUCCUUCAAUCAUAGGUAGCCAUUAAUUCAGCAUUGCAUAUUUUUUAUGUUUGAUAUAAAAAAGAAAUUGUAAAAAAUAUUUUAUAAAAUUCAUUCCAAAAUAACCAUAGUUAUUAUAUUGUGAAUGCACAAAUCACUAACCGUGAAACCAGUUAUACGGAUACGAUUUAGCGAAAAUAGCCCUUGUUAGUGCAAGAGUCAAACUCCACGUUGCCUUAUUUUAUGCAGAAAUCUCUGAGAGGAGACUGGUGUGUAUUUUGUUGGAAAGAGUUAUUUACUGAACAUGUGUUUAUGUCUAAAGUGGACAUGUAAAAUAUACAAUAAAUUCAAUUGUUAUAUAUAAUAUGUAGAAAUGCAUUUAUAUGUAACCUAUAGAUAAUAUAAAUACGAUAAAUAGUUUUCUUGGGUUUGCCUAAGCCAUUCAGUACAUAAAUCGUCCUAAUCUAAUUUUGUUGAUUUGUGAGUAGCAUAAUUCUUUUAUGUCUUUGUUGUUCAACAGUCAUACAUUCUCAGUUUCAUGCAUAAUAAAUCUGCAUGGACAGAGUAGGCCUAAUGCAUAAAUUAUUUUAAUGGAUUUUAAUAGAUUUCUAACUCAGGCAAUGGCAAAUCGACAAAAUGUGUUUGUAACAGUAUCUAAUUUAACGUGAAGCCUCAGGACAACAAUGUGAAAUAAUAUUUUAGUCUUUUCAUCUGAGAGUAAGCUAUUGAAGAAAAGGCAUGUGGAUAAAUUUCCAGGAGGAUGAUUAUAUACUCAUUUAGGCAUUAAAGCUUUGUUACUGAAAUCAGUUUUUGAUUUCAAUAUAUCAAACCCAAGCCACUUCAAUUUAAUCAACAUUUUGCUGUAUUAAAAUCUUUCAAAUUCAAAAACAUUAGUUUGUUAUACACUAAGAAUAUGGCUUGUUGAAAUGAUGUCGCUAUUUUCUUUACUGUCUUUUUUUUUUUUGUGAAUUCAAACAACUGGAGGUGCUGAAAUUAAACUUGUGAUGUUAACCUAUGUAAGCCGACUAUAACACAUUUCUGUAAUACAUCCUUAUUGUGUUCUGCUUUUCCAUAACAAACAUUAUUUGUGAAACUACAUAGCAAAACCAUUAAAACAUGCUCAGACUGUU